CAAAUUUUUCAGUUAGGAAUACUCGGAAAAAUUUUGAUUUUUUUUUAUAAAAAUAUAAUUAUAGAUCACAUAAAUAUUUCUGAAAUUUGUACUAGAAAUUCGAAUAAAAAUUUAGGCAAUUGGUGACAUUAUCAAAGAAUUUACAAAAUGUGCGAGCAAAAAGCACGAGAUAAAACUUUGCCGGAAACUUUCGUUCCGUGUUUCCACGACGAGAAAGAAGUAAGAAAAAUGACUUACAAUCCGUUAGGAAAUACAGGUUUAAAAGUUAGUAAGAUAUCCUUAGGCACUAGCGGUUUUUCGAAUUUUUAUGGCGAACACGACGUCGAAGAAUGUAAGAAAGUAGUCUACGAAGCUGUGAGAAGAGGCAUUAAUCUCAUAGACACCGCUCCUUGGUAUGGACAUGGAGAUUCGGAAAAGAUUUUAGGCACUUGUCUAGAAGGAAUUCCUAGGAAAGCAUACUAUUUAUCCACCAAAUGUUGUCGCUAUGAAAAAGAUCUUGCCCUUAUGUUUGAUUUUUCUGCUGAGAGAACCCGGAAAAGUAUUGAUGAAUCUUUAACAAGAUUAAAACUAAGUUAUGUGGAUAUUUUACAGGUACACGAUAUUGAAUUUGCUCCGACUUUAGAUAUGGUAUUGAAGGAAACUCUUCCUACAGUUGCAGAAAUCUGUAAAUCAGGAAAAGCAAGACAUGUAGGGAUUACCGGUUAUCCUCUGAGCACUCUCAAAGAGUGUAUUGAAAAAAGCACUGUACAUAUAGAAACAGUUUUGACUUACUGUAGAUCUAUGAUGACUGACAAUACUCUCGAUGAGUAUAUAGAUUUUUUCCGGUCUAAAAAUGUUGGUGUUGUUAAUGGAGCUAUACAUGGAAUGGCAUUGCUGACUAAUGUUGGCGCACCUUCCUGGCAUCCAGCAAGUGAUGAAUUGAAAGCAGUAUGUAGAGAAGCGUCUGAAUUUUGCCAGAAAGAAAAUGUAGAGCUCGGUAAGCUGGCUCUUUAUUAUAGCAUGCAACAUGGAGCGGGAGAUACUAUUUUGGUUGGAACUAAGUCAAAGAUGAAGCUGAUAAGUUAUAAUUUAGAUGUUCUCCAUAAUGGACUGUCAACCAAGGAGCAAGAAGUAUAUGAACAAGUUUUAAAGAUUUUAAAAAAAUUGCCUCCAAAUAGUAAUUGGGAGGAUGUUGAGGUGGAGAGAUAUAGGAGUAAAUCGCUUAAUUUGUUUGAUAAUCAAUAAUUCUAUGAAUAUUUUCAUUAGCUAAAAGUGUUUUUAUUAGAAAUUUUUAAUUAUCUAUUGGCUAUAGUUUUUCUUUGGUAGAGUAAUUUCGGGUAAGAUGGAAUACCUUUUUUAUUUUUCUUUCAAUAAUAUUAAUUUUUUUAAUCUCAAAUUUUGGAAAUAAAUAGCUAGUAUAGGCUUUUUUUCUUACGAAGAAAACUUUAAAGUUUUCUUCCUUUUUUUCCUUUGGAAGAAAACUUUAAAGUUUUCUUCCAAAUUGAUAAUUUUUCAGAUGAAAUCCCUCAUAUUCUACGCACAAUAUUU